GUGUGUGUCUGGACAGGUCUGACGGAAGGGGGGCAACCGAGGGAGAUUUUUGACCUUCAAUAUUAAAAGUCCAAUAACUCUUUAUUUGGCCGUUCUUAUAAUAAAACAAUGUACUGUUUAUUGUGAGAUCAAGCUCUUUUGGACUGGUUGGUUAUUGGUAUCGCUCUUUCAACAUCAGUUAAAUGGCUUCUUCAGUCUAUCCAUCAAAUUUCACAUAUUAUUUAAAUAUAGAUGAUGUUUUAGUACAGGGAUUUUCUGGUAUUGUAUAAACAUCCAUUUUUAAACAUCCAUUCUGAAUCUUUUUCUACCAUCUGUUAGAUAUAAUGUAUAAAAUUGUCCAUAUGAUAAAAUUAUUUUUAUAGAAAGCAGAAUGAAACAAAAAUAAUGUCAAAUUCUGUCAUUUUAACUUUAACCUUCUGAACAUUUCCCCUGAAUUGUCACACCCUUGAGGAAAAUAUGGCCUCACGAAGAAAAGGCAAGAAGAGAAAGACGGAGGAGGUUACUGAAACAAAGGAGCAACAACAUUUUGAUGCAGAACUAUCAGAUGGGGGCAGCAGAGAAGAAGAAAUGACACAGAAAAGAAAGAUAAAGGCAAAGAAAAAAUACAUAGGCGCUCACGUCUCAGUAUCAGGAGGAAUAUGGAAAGCAGUCGAAUCAAGUGUGACCAUGGGAGGUCAUGCUUUUGCUCUUUUCUUGGGCUCCCAGCGCUCCUGGACCAGACCAGCCCUUGAUCCAGCUGCUGCAGUUAAAUUUCAAAUAGCCUGUGCUCAACAUGGCUUCGAUCCGAUACACAUCCUGCCACAUGGAUCUUAUUUGAUGAACUGCGGUUCCCCUAAAGAAGAUGUGUUCAGUAAGAGCAAGUCUAUGCUUGUGGACGAACUGAGUCGCUGCAGUGCACUGGGUCUCAGCCAGUUUAACUUUCACCCUGGAGCUUCUUUGGACUCCAGCCCUGAGAAAUGCAUGGAGAAAAUUGCCCAAGCUAUUAACCACGCACACCAGCAAACCCCGGCCGUCAUUACAGUGCUUGAAAACAUGAGUGGCCAGGGCAGCACUGUAGGUGGGCAGUUCAUUGAACUGAGAAGCAUAAUAGACCGGGUGCGUGACAAGACACGUGUUGGGGUGUGUCUGGACACUUGCCAUGCUUUUGCAGCAGGCUAUGACAUUUCACCACCUGGAGGAGUAAAGAAUAUGCUUGAUGAAUUUGACCGUGUGGUUGGUUUGCAUUAUUUGAGAGCUGUUCAUUUAAAUGACUCUAAAGGAACAUUAGGCAGCCAUCUGGACCGCCAUGAAGACAUUGGACGUGGCCAAAUAGGUAUUACUGCUUUCCGAGAAAUUGUGAAUGAGCCUCGACUGGAUAAUAUCCCUCUGAUUCUAGAAACACCCGGUCGCCCAGGCUUUGAGUAUGCUGAACAGAUAGAGCUCCUUUACUCCCUUUGUGAAAAAAGGUGAAGAGUUAGACAUCUGCUGGGUGCCAGCCUCCUUGGCACCAAAGGACGAUAUUAUUGUAAAGCAUAAUAAAUAUUACCCUGAUUAUGUA